CUUGGAAAAAGAAUGGUCGACAGCUGAAGCGGUGUCAACAGAGAGGACAGCUGGUGAACGCUGAACACAGGAGAUACAACUUCGAACUGUCAUUUUAAUCUGUUGAACAGGCCUGCAUUGCGUCUUUACUUGUAACGUUAGUUGUUCUGUAAAACCGAGCACAUGGCUGCUAUCCGAAAGAAGCUGGUGGUCGUGGGAGACGGCGCGUGCGGUAAGACGUGCCUGCUCAUCGUGUUCAGCAAGGACGAGUUCCCGGAGGUCUACGUGCCCACGGUCUUCGAGAACUACGUAGCCGACAUCGAGGUGGACGGCAAGCAGGUGGAGCUGGCGCUGUGGGACACGGCCGGCCAGGAGGACUAUGACCGCCUGCGGCCUCUCUCCUACCCGGACACGGACGUGAUCCUCAUGUGCUUCUCCGUGGACAGCCCGGACUCGCUCGAGAACAUCCCGGAGAAGUGGGUGCCCGAGGUGAAGCACUUCUGCCCCAACGUUCCCAUCAUCCUCGUGGCCAACAAGAAGGACCUGCGCAACGACGAGAGCGUGCGCGGUGAGCUCGCGCGGAUGAAGCAGGAGCCCGUGCGCGCCGAGGACGGCCGCGCCAUGGCCGUGCGCAUCGGCGCCUACGACUACCUCGAGUGCUCGGCUAAGACCAAGGACGGCGUGCGCGAGGUGUUUGAGACGGCAACGCGCGCCGCGCUCCAGAAGAGGUCGAGGCCGGCCGGAGGCUGCGCGAACUGCUGCAAACUCCUGUGAGAGAGAGACGCUCUUCGGUCGAGACUCGGUGCCUCCUCCCUCACACAUGGAAGGGUUUUCAAGGGGUCUCCCGUCGCUGCCCUGCGCCAAGAAGCAUGGACACGGAGAGAGAAGGGCACCCUCCCCACCCCCAAUGUCUCUCUCUCUCUCUCCCUCUCUCUCUCUCUCUCCCUCUCCCUCUCUCUCCCCUUUUGUGCUUUAUUGUUGGUGCUGUGGCAGCCGAGACGUGCACAGACUCUCCACCACCAGCAUGCUCUGUAUGAAUCGGUGCAUGGGUGGGUUUGGGUGCAGCUGCUACUACAAAGUACAGAACAAUAGGCUUAACACUGUAAACAGCCUUGUUUAUUACACGCAUAGGGCUUUUUAAAUAAUAAAAGACGCCUCGCUACUGCAUUGGGACAAGCCCUCACUGGAGAAGGUCAUCGGGAUGGGUGUUGCUCUCCAAAAGAGUGGACUUGUUGUGCAAAAUGCUAGUCGCUGCCAGCUGUGGAGAGACUGCGGGGAGGGCAGCUGUGCUUUUGUUGCUCGAUGAGAGACUGGAUGCAGCACUCAGAGGGGGGGAGAGGGGGAUGGGUGCGAGUGGUCAGUGUGCUCCGGGACUGUGUAUUGUGUUGCAAAAAAAAGUCACCUCGCUUCAUUGUACGCACACACACGACGAAACGUCUUAGUGCAUUCGAGUCUGGGCCCAUGGUGGAAGAUCUGCAUGCUAGCAUAGCAUUGUCUGCCUCUAUUUUUUUACUGUUACUGUUUUUUUUUUUUUUUUUUUUUUUUUUUUUUUUUUUUUUUUUUUUUUUUUUGCGCUGGGUGUCCAUGCGAUCUGACUCCCCACCCUAGCGUUCGGUAAACUUUAGCUCCUCUGCUUGAGCACCGCGAACGAAGUUUGUCACGAUUGCACUGAAAGCGUUUGUGGACUGCCUUUUUAAAAAGAAAGUGGGAGAAUGUUCCUCCUUAACGAGCCACGAGCCCUUCAGCUUUGCGUUAGAGAACAUGAAACACUAAGACCCCCUGUUUCAGGGAAGGGUUAUUAAGUUAAGCUCUGUACAUUUUUUAAAAAAGACUUUUCUAUUUCUCAAUGCCUGUGGUACCAUUUAACUUCAGUUUUAAUAUGACUGACGCGGUUCUGCUCUAAGUCGUUGGCUAUCAUGUUUACAGUAACCCAGCAAGGAAUAUUUCUGUUUUAAAGAAAAAAUAAAUAAAAGUAUUAAAUGUUCAAUUGCAAUACAA